UACUGCUGGCGUCGUCGUCGUCGUCGUCGUUUUCGUUGUCGUUGCCGUCGACGUCGACGUCCCGGCACUUUUUAUUUUAUCACUAGCAACGAGAAAAUCAUCAAUGUAACAACAACCAAAUCAUAUAUUUUUUUUUUUUACAAACCAUGCAUCAUAUAGUGUCAUUCAAAAAUCAAAUCGAUCAAUAAAAAAAUCAAAUUUUUUUUGUUUUAAAUACUAAAUAAUUAAUAUCUAUUAAUUUAACAAAUAAUAUUCAAUAUAUUUAUAUUAAUUAUCAUUGUUUAUAAAAAUGUGAAGUGGUUUUUUUUUUUUUUUUUUUAAUUAAUAUUAUUAUUUUUUUAUAAUAAAACGUAUUUUUAUUGUUUUUUUUUUUUGUGAUGUGAUGGUAUUCUGGUUGAUGAAAUAUUGUCAUAUUUGUGUAAAAUAAUUACAUUAAAAAAUAAUGUGGUUAAUGAUAAUUUAGAACGAUAUAUUAUUAAUUAAUAAGUGAUUAAGUUUGAUAAAUUGGCGGGAGGAAAGUUUAAUAAAAAAGUAAAAAUUAAAUUUGAAAAUGUUUUGAUAAAUUAAAAAAAUAUAAAUAUUGAUAUUAUAAAUAAAUAUAAUUUUUUUUUGUUAUUUAGAAUUAAUUAUUUAAUAAUUAAGUGAAGUGAAUUUGAAAGGAAAUAAUAAAUUAAAGUUGAAAUAUUAAUUAUUAAUAAUGUAUUUUAAUAAUAAAAAAUGGCAACAUCAACAGUAACGAGAUAUCAUCAAGCAACUAGUGAUAAGUGUCAAGAUAUUGUACAAAAAUCUACAAUAUUAACAUGUCCACCAAGUAAUUUUCCCGACAAAUUUCAAGAUUUUUUUGCAGCAUUGACUGAAGACACUGAUGAUUUACCAAACAUGCUUGAAGAUAAAUUAAUACCAAGAAAGGGGGGAAAUGAAGAGGAUGAUAAAAUUAAUAGAAGAUGGGGUAAACGUGCAUUUCAACGACGAAGUAGUGAAAUUGAAGUACGUCUUCAUCGUACAUCUGGACUUGGUAAUACUGUUACAAAUCAACAGAGUAUUGAUAAUAAUGCUAAAUCACCAACAACAUCUAGAAGAAGAAGUUCUAGUAUUGCUGUUGCAAGACCAACUCCUGAUUUACACAGAUUUUUGCAAGCUGAGGCAGGACCAUGGGGACAUUUAUCACCAUCACCAAGAAGUCCAACAAGAAUAAGUCCUUGUUUAGUAUCAUCAACAUCACAACAUUUAAGUCCAAGCCCAACAAGUCCAGCACCACCUGGUAUAUGUCUCAGACGACCAGAAAAACAACAUCGUGCAAGAACAAGUAGUAUGCCAGCAGUUCCACGACACCGGCCAAUGCUUGCGGAAACAAAACGUGGAAAUUUAGCAAGUGGAAGUGGCAGUGGAAGUGGUACUGGAGGUACUGUAGGUGAUGGAGAUGGUGAAGAUGAUGGAGUUGAAUAUUACAGAUUAAGAUCAUUUUCAAUAACUGCCAAUGGAGUAUUUAAUCUUGGUGAUUCACUGAAAAGUCGACGUAGUAGAAGUAUCAAUAGUGUCACAUCAUCUGGUACUAGUUGUAGCAGCACUCGAGAUGCAAGAUUACUCAGUUCAGCAUCACAACAUUCUUGUAUUGAGGGUGAUGAGGGUGCUGAUAAUACAAGCAGAGUCGCAACUUACAAAGUUGGAAUGUUAGGUGCUUCUGGCGUUGGCAAAACUGCACUCACUGCACAAUUUACAACCAGUGAAUAUAUCUGUGCUUAUGAUGCAUCGUUGGAUGAUGAAUAUGGCCAAAAAAGUGUAUCAGUAAUGAUUGACGGUCAGGAAACGGAUCUCGAAAUAAUUGAUCAUCCAGCAUCAGAAAUGGCUGUCGAGAGUUUUUGUGCAACAUAUAAUCCUGAUGUCUAUGUUGUCGUGUACUCGGUUGUGGACAGAAGAAGUUUAAAAAUGGCUGAGGAAACAUUAUUGUAUUUGUGGAAAAGUGACUAUAUGGCAAGUCAUGGUGUUAUACUUGUUGGUAACAAGGUUGAUCUUGAAAGAAAACGUGAGGUCCCAUCGAUCGUUGGUCGAAGAAUUGCCAACAGCUGUGGCUGUAAAUUCAUUGAAACAUCAUCAGGUCUUGCUCAUCAUGUUGAUGAAUUAUUGGUCGGUAUACUUGCCCAAAUAAAAUUAAAUCCACAAAGAGAUCGUGAUCAAGCAACACGACGACGAAGAAGCAAACAUCGUCGUCGAAUUUUAAAACAUUUACUUGGCUUUAAAAGAAAAACAAAAAGCUGUGAAAAUUUAUUUACCCUUUAACAUUGUAAUAAUCUUCCACAAAAAAAAAACAUACAAACAAAUUAAAUAUAACAUAACAAAAAUUAAUAAACCAUGUAAAUUAAAUCAUAAAUAUUCACCAAAUAAAAAAUGAUCAAAAAAAUAUAUAUUUAGUAAAUGUAAAAAUUCAAUUUAAAAAGUAAAAAAAAAAUACAUCGAAUUAUCAUAUAAUUAAUUCAAUAUUUUAAAAUAUCAAUUAAUAUUUCAUAUAAAAUAUAUAAAAAUGAGAAAAAAAAAAAUUAAUUAAAAUUUAAAAGACAAGGUGAAUUCUUUAUCAAAAUAUUCCACAUCAGUGACCAAAUUAUACAAAAUUUAUUGGAUUCUUAAUAAUUUUAUUUGACGUUUAUAAAAACGUAUGUGUAUUUGUGUCUUAUCUAAUCAUUAUCAAUUGACGUUGUGUACUUGAUUAAAUAAUGCGCAAAAAAUUUAAUAAAAAUUAAAAAUAAAAAAAUAAGAAAUUUAAUAAAAACCAUAUGUAUUUUCCAUCAAGCAUUAUCUUAUAAAAACGCACAAGGUCUGAUAAAAGCCUAAAUAUAAAAUGUAUGAAAAAAAUUAUAAAUUAAAUUGAUAAGAUUAAAACAAAAAAAAAAGAACCAACUGAUAAACUAUUGUGGAAAUAUUUAAAAAAAUUUUGCUGCCUAUUUUAUUCAAGUAUAUAUUGUAUUUUAUACUUGAAUUUAAUAAUUAAUUAAUAAUUAAUAUUAAUAAUUAAAAUUGUUUUUAAAUGUUGAGAAAUAAUUAAAAUUAAAAAACAAAAAAGAACCAAUAAAAAAAUAUCUAACAAA